AAACGAAAAUGCAGCCAGUCGGAUCGUGCGUUAUCGCCGAUGAGGAACAGUUUUCACGAUUCCAGAGUAAACAUGGUGCACGUUAAAAUUACCGAAACGAGUGUCGAAGACAUAAGAUUUCCGACGUCUUUAUACGCUGAUGGGAGCGAUGCCAUACAUACGGAUCCUGACUAUUCUUGCGCUUAUGUAACGCUACGGGCUCGUCUAGGUGUCGAUGUAUUCGAAGGUUUUGGACUUACGUUCACACUCGGACGAGGAACCGAAAUUGUGUUGAAAGCCUGCGAGGCCAUGUUGAAAAUAGUAGAGGGUCACUACAUCGAUGAAAUAUUUCGAGAUUUUGGCAGAUUUUGGAGAAGUCUUACCAGUGAAUCUCAGCUCAGAUGGCUAGGCCCGGAGAAAGGCGUGACUCACUUAGCAGUGGCUGCAAUAAUAAACGCACUUUGGGAUUUAUGGGGAAAAUGCAGAGGGCGACCCGUGUGGAAGUUACUCGUCGAAAUGUCGCCCGAGGAAUUAGUUUCGACAAUUGAUUUUCGUUACAUCACGGAUGUAAUCACUAAAGAAGAGGCGAUAGCGAUUCUGAAGGAUCGCCAAACGGGAAAAGAGGAGCGGGAGGAAACAUUGGUGAAAAAUGGGUUGCCGGCGUACACGACCCAGGUUGCGUGGAUGGGAUACACGGACGAGCAAGUUAAAAGACUUUGUCAUGUUUAUAUGGAACAAGGCUUCACGGCGUUCAAGGUCAAAGUAGGAAGAAAUUUGGAGGAUGACGCGAGACGUUGUAAAAUUGUACGCGAGGCAAUCGGAACUGAGAACAAACUCAUGAUCGAUGCCAAUCAGAUUUGGGACGUUGAGCAAGCGAUCGAUUGGACUAAAAAAUUAUCAGAGUUCAAGAUCCAUUGGAUCGAAGAGCCCACUUCACCGGAUGAUGUUCUUGGCCACGCGAAAAUCGCUGAAGCAUUACGUCCCCUUGGAAUCGGAGUUGCAUCCGGAGAAAUGUGCGCAAACCGCGUCAUGUUCAAACAAUUUUUACAAAAACAAGCCAUCGACUUUUGUCAAAUUGAUUCUGCCAGAAUUGGUGGUGUCAAUGAGAUUCUCGCUGUUUACCUCAUGGCACACAAAUUUGGAAUUCCUGUAUGUCCUCACGCUGGUGGCGUUGGUUUGUGCGAGAUGGUCCAGCAUUUACAGAUGUGGGAUUUCGUUUGUCUGAGCGGAACGACGGAAAACCGUAUGAUCGAGUUCGUGGAUCAGCAACACGAGCAUUUUGUAUGUCCAGCGGUAGUGCAAAAUGCUCAUUAUAUUGCGCCCAAAGCUCCUGGUUAUUCCACAGAGUUGAGAGAAGAAAGUAUUCUCGAUUAUCAAUAUCCAACAGGCAGAAAAUGGCAGAGUAUGUUCGAGGAGGGUAUUUUCGAGAGGCCAAAAAACUGAUUUUCCUAAACGAGAGAUUUUGUUAUAUUAUUUAUACCAUGUUGCUAAAAGCAAUUGUACUUCUCGUCGUAGUGGCAUUGGAACUGAGAAAUGUUUUUUUUAAAUAUACGAUCCAAUUGAAUAUUUGUAGCAAAUACAAUAAAUAUAUAUGUAACAAAAUAUAA